CCUCCGCACCAUCCGCCGGCGGCGGCCACCGAUCUCCUCGCCGGACUUGUCCCCUAAACCAGCUCCGCUCCAGAUGCUACCUUCCAGAUGAAGAAGGAAGAUCUAAUCCAUUCAGCAGUCGGAUUCGAAGAAGGAAGGGACAGGUGCCAAUUUCGUUCUGUCCCAAGAUUCCAAGAGGAAAGGGAUCAAUUUCGGUUUGUAUUAGAAAAAGGAGCUGUUUUUCUAUGUCUGCGUCGCGUGAGAUAAUAGUAAAUCGGCCGGUCUACGGAUUCCAUACCGGCUUGAAGAGGAUUCAGAAACCUCCUCCGUCUCCGUCUCUUCUUUUGGGAUUGGGAUCCGAGGAGGCUAUAUAACAAGAUCAGGCUGGGCGCCGGCGAUUGUCGCACACAGAGGGGUCAUCCUUUCAAGAUUCUUUUUUGUUUGUGUUCUGUUUAUCCUCGCAAGUUGGUCUCUUUUGUCAUCGCAUCAACAUGAAGUUUAAUAGGGGUCGCCGCCACCGACGGAACGUAAGUCGGUGCUUAUGUUUUGUUUCAUUCAUUCAUUUUAUGAAAGUCAAUUUAUCGAUCUAUCACCGAUGACUAAUCUUCCACCUCGCAAAAUGCAGUCGAAGGCAGAAGUUGGUAGUGGAGGCAUGCUAAGCAAGCUGCCUGGCGAUAUACAAGCUUGUAAUUGGGACAGGCUAAGUGAGCUGCCCGCCGAUGUGCUGCUCAACAUUCUCGAGAGGGUGGGCACACUUGAUGUUGUAAGAACCUGCAUCCUUUCGAAGCAGAUGCAGAAGCUGCCAGCUAUGCUCUCGCAGAUCGUCAUUGAUCUCAGCCCUCGUGAUUUGUUUCAAAAAAGUGAUGUCGUGGCUGAUGUGACCAACAAGAUUCUUAGUAAGAGGCCUCCACACAUCACCAUUCGCAAGCUGAAGCUCAAAUUUGUCUUGAGUCCUUCUCGUUGUCUUUCCAUCGGCAAAUCCGUUGGCCUCGCCAUGACAACUCAGAAAUUUGAUGCAGCUGAGUUUGAGAUCAUGACGCCGCUGGAUUUCCAUCUUUGCACUGAUGCCUAUUGCCUGCUCUUUGCUAAGCAGUUCAAUAAUUUUGUUCAUGAUUGUCCAGAUGCAUUUGCUGGUCUCACGCGGCUGCAUCUACGAAAUAUGAGGUUUGGUGAAUCAGACAUACCCAACAUCCUAAGCAAUUGCAAGCGGCUGGAGUCACUGUCUUUCUUCAUGUGUGGCGUGGGGAUCGGUUCGGUUCUGCAUGUGGAACACACUCAACUCGUCGAGCUUGUUAUGUCCUAUUGUGUAUUCAAAACAGUGGACCUCAGCUCUCUACCAAAGCUCCAAAGGAUGACCUUUGGUGAUUGGCCCUGUGAUGAAAAUCCGUUGGUUCUUGGUUUUGUCCCUCAGCUUUCCAAGAUCAGUCUUGCUAAUCCAAACUUUUCAGGCAAGACCCACAACUUAAGCAAGCUGCUUGCUAAUGCCCCUACUGUAAAUGAUUUGUUUCUGGAGUUUCGAAGUGAAAAGAUAUGGGUUCAACCAGAAUGCCCGAGAGUGCUUGCUCCUGUUCUCGCCAGAUUACGGUUUGUGAAUCUGGAUCACCUUCCUGAAGAAUGUGAUAUAUCUUGGACAAUGUUCCUUCUUGAAGCUGCACCGUCGGUAGAGGACCUUUGCAUCAUAGUAUGGGAUCAUAAGUGCCGAAAGAAGUCACAUGAGAGUUACUCCAAGAAAACAGAAGUGAAGUGGGAGGCAUCUGAUCCUGAUUUUAAGCACAAGAAUCUGGCGAGGCUAACUAUUUACGGCUUCCAGUCCGAUGGCAAUUUCACAAGAUAUGUCAGGCGUGUUAUUCAAGCUGCGGUGAAUAUCAGGAAGGUAUCUCUGCACGACAGGAAGGCAUGCCAGCUCUGUGCUGAAAAGUUUCCUCAUGCUGAGGUUCGUCCUUCGGGUUAUCCACGGACCAGCAAGGAGAUGGAUUCGUCGAGGAAGAAGAUGGCAGCGGCGUCGGCGGCGGCUUGUCCUGAUAUUCACUUUUGCUCAUAAACGGUUGAUUUGAACAUGAAUGUGGUUGGAAGGAGCAAUGUUGGUUUUCUGCAGUAAUGUGCUCCCUCUUGUCCAUAAAAGUAGACGUUUUAGACCGACCAUACAAGUCUCUGAAACGUCUUAUAUUUAUGAACAGAGGGAGUAUCUCGUC